GGCGGGAGAACGCUCGGGGAGGUGCAGCCGCGGGCACCCAGCUCGCGGCUAAUCGGAGUGGAGAGCGGGCAUCUCCUGGGCGCCGUCAUGGCUGCUUAGGCUGUGCCUGCCCGCGGAUCGCGGAUCGCCGAUCGCGGAUCGCGAUAGCGGAUCGCGGAUCACCGAUCGCGGAUCGCCGUUCGCGGAUCGCCGUUCGCGGAUCGCGGAUCGCGGAUCGUGGAUCGCGGAUCAGACGGUGUCGCCUGAGUCCGGCUUGGGUAGGUCUGAGUUGGAGUCUGUGCCUGCUUCCUUGUCGUGUGGUUGUUCCUGCUAGAUUGGUGUAGAGUGUCGCUGACUUCGUAUUUGCGUAGGAAUCAGAGGAGUUAAUCUUGUCUCUCCGAAGAUAGACUCUCAUGGUUUAGGACCCAGCUCUGUGAGAAGAUUUAUUUGUCUGUCUCUUCCUUCAGGUUUGAGUCUUCAGACUUCUACAGGACUCCAUCCAUACAUAUCUGCCUCACUGCUGACUUUCCUGCUCACACAGAAGACACCCAGCUCUUGUGCUCUGGAUCUCUCUUGGCUGCUAGGCUGUGGUGCUACUUUUCUGGAGUCAGGCUGCAGUGGCUUCUACCUUCUUUCUGUCUGGACUUAGAUGGCACAGCGGUUUCUCGGCACAUCUGAAGAAGAAAGUGUGAGAAACAAAGACCAUGGCUCCGUUCCGCUGUCAGAAAUGUGGCAAGUCCUUCCUCACCCUGGAGAAGUUCACCAUCCAUAAUUAUUCCCACUCCAGGGAGCGCCCGUUCAAAUGCUCGAAGACUGAGUGUGGCAAAGCCUUCGUCUCCAAGUAUAAACUGAUGAGACACAUGGCGACACACUCCCCACAGAAGAAUCACCAGUGUACUUACUGUGAGAAGACCUUCAACCGGAAGGAUCACCUGAAGAAUCACCUCCAGACCCACGAUCCUAACAAGAUCUCCUACGUUUGUGAAGAUUGCGGCAAGAAGUACCACACCAUGCUUGGCUACAAGAGGCACGUGGCCCUGCAUUCAGCCAGCAGUGGUGAUCUCACCUGUGGGGUCUGCACCGCGGAGCUGGGGAGCACCGAGGUCCUGCUGGACCACCUCAAGUCUCAUGCGGAAGAAAAGGCCAACCAAGCCCCCAGAGAGAAGAAAUACCGCUGCGAGCACUGCGAUCGAGGCUUCUACACCCGGAAGGAUGUGCGACGUCACAUGGUGGUCCACACAGGAUGCAAGGACUUCCUGUGCCAGUUCUGUGCCCAGAGAUUUGGGCGCAAGGAUCACCUCACUCGUCACACCAAGAAGACCCACUCCCAGGAGCUGCUGCAAGAGAGUAUGCAGGCAGAAUACCAGAGCAAUUUCCAGCCCAUCGCGCCUUCGGUUUCGUUCCAGAUAAAGGUUGAUACCAUGCCUCCUUUCCAGUUAGGAGUGCUCCCCGAGAGCGGGCUUGCUGGUGGCUUGCCACCCGAGGUUCAUGGCCUAGUGCUUGUUCCCCCAGAAGAGGCUCCUCAGCUUAUGCCGGCGAUGCCGCCUUUGGAGCCUUUGGAGCCAAUGCCAGCUAUGCAGUCCCUGGAGCCGCUGCAGCCCCUGGAGCCACUGCAGCCCCUGGAGCCACUGCAGCCCCUGGAGCCGCUGCAGCCGAUGGAGCCGCUGCAGCCCAUGGAGCCUCUGCAGCCGAUGGAGCCACUGCAGCCCCUGGAACCGCUGCAGCCCCUGGAGCCACUGCAGCCCCUGGAGCCACUGCAGCCGAUGGAGCCACUGCAGCCCCUGGAACCGCUGCAGCCCCUGGAGCCACUGCAGGCCCUGGAGCCACUGCAGCCCCUGGAGCCACUGCAGGCCCUGGAGCCACUGCAGCCCCUGGAGCCACUGCAGCCGAUGGAGCCGCUGCAGCCCCUGGAGCCACUGCAGCCCCUGGAGCCACUGCAGCCCCUGGAGCCACUGCAGCCCCUGGAGCCACUGCAGCCCCUGGAGCCACUGCAGCCUAUGCAGCCAAUGCCUCCAAUGCUGCCAAUGCCGCCGAUGCUGGCAAUGCCAGAGCAGUCGUUCGCUCUGCACCCUGGCAUAGUUCCCACCUCUCCUCCCCCAAUUAUUCUUCAGGAGCAUAAGUACAGCUCUGUUCCUACCUCGUAUGCCCCAUUUGUCGGCAUGCCAGUUAAAGCAGAUGGCAAGGCCUUUUGCAACAUGGGUUUCUUUGAGGAAUUUCCUCUGCAAGAGCCUCAGCCGCCUCUCAAGCUCAAUCCGUGCUUUGAGAUGCCCAAGGAGGGGUUUGGGAAAGUUACCCUGCCCAAAGAGCUGCUGAUCGAUGCUGUGAAUAUAGCCAUUCCUGCCUCUCUGGAGAUUUCCUCCCUAUUGGGGUUUUGGCAGCUCCCUCCUCCUCCUCCCCAGAAUGGCUUUGUGAAUAGCACCAUCCCUGUGGGGCCGGGGGAGCCACUGUCCCACAGGAUAACCUGUCUGGCACAGCAGCAGCCACCACCACCGCUGCCGCCUCUACCACCGCUGCCACUGCCCCAGCCAGUGCCACAGCCACUGCCGCAGCCCCAGAUGCAGCCCCAGAUGCAGCCCCAGUUUCAGCUGCAGAUCCAGCCCCAGAUGCAGCCCCAGAUGCAUCUGCAGCCACUACAGCUGCAGCUACCACAGCUGCUGCCACAGCUGCAGCCUCAGCAGCAGCCGGAGCCUGGUCCUGAGCCUGCUCCUGAGCCAGAGCCAGAGCCAGAGCCAGAGCCAGAGCCAGAGCCAGAGCCAGAGCCAGAGCCAGAGCCAGAGCCAGAGCCAGAGGAAGUCGAGGCAGAACCGGAGGCAGAACCGCAGGCAGAACCAGAGGCAGAACCAGAGGCAGAACCACAGGCCCAGCCACAGGCAGAACCACAGGCUGAGGCAGAAGAAGAGGAAGAAGACGAUGAAGAGGAAGACCUACAGUCAGAAGCAGCCCAGAUAGCAGUGAGUGCUGUGACCAUGGGCCAGCCCCCCCUUCCCCCCACCCCCCAUAUUUUCACAUCUGGCUCCAACAGUGCUAUCCUGCCCCAUUUCCAUCAUGCAUUCAGAUAAAUAGGUUUUUUUUUUGUUUGUUUAAGAGGGUGCUUCUCUUGUGGAAGAUGGUUUAAACAUUAGUUACAGUUUGAGGAGAAGCAUUAGAAAGCAGGAAUGGGGCUUUAGCUUAUUUGCCAGGAGUAGGUUGAGAAAAAGAUUUCUCUAACUGCAUGCGUUGUGCCAAUAUAUACCCUUAGUAUUCGUGCUUUGUACCAAAUUUAGUGAGCACCUGCAUAUUCUGUAAUCGAACUGCAAAUAUUAUCAUAUUAUCCUCAUAUUAUUAUCCUCAUAUUAUUACCCUCAUAUUAUCCUCAUAUUAUUAUCCUCAUUAUCAAAUAAUCACGUGAUGACGUGAUUAAGAUCCAAAACAUGAGCUGCUAUUUUGUAAAUAUCGUGUUGAAUGUUAGCCGUUGUAGUGAUGUUAGCUGUGUAGCUGUGUGUGGCCUAGGAAGGGAAUGGUGGUGUGAAGUUUGGAUUUCUCCAACUUAGAAGGUGUUUUUAAGAAAGGAGGGUAAUCUUCCUAUGGCUUUUAUAACUAGGCUGUGUGUUUCUUUUCAGGGAUUCAUCUACUUUCAGAGAUGGAUUUAGUUUAGCUACUCUUGUUGUUAGCUUACUGUGUCGUUUGUUCUUCUGGUAGCCCUACUGUGUGACUUUGUAGAAAAGUUCUGUGUGAAGCUAUAGAUGUCUACGUUUUUUUUAAGUGAAUUUUAAAUGUACUUUUUCAAUAUUUUUCAUGCGAUGUUGUUCCAAUGUGAGUUACGACUUCAUUUAUCUUAAAGACAAAACUGGUUGUCAGUCAUAUCUGACAGGAAGAAAGAAAUCGCCGUGUAACCAAGUCAAGCGGCCAAUGAUGGAAAGAAGAAUCAAUCAGAACUGUUUUGUGGACUGUGAGACUCAUUAUCUUCUUAACAGGAAUUUAAGAAAAUGUACUGGAAUUAAAAAAAAAAGCUUAAGUAUAUUAGAUAAGAAUUUUCUUUGCCUAGCUUAACCUACUUAAGCUGAUUAAGUUCUGAAGUAUUGUUUGUAACCACCAAUAGAAAAGUGUAUCUGUAGUUGAUCAAUUUAAGUCAUUGUUAGUUUGUAUCCCAAGAGGAUUGCAUUUUGCAAUGUAACUGUACUUGUAACCUCACUUGAUAUCUUGUUAAUCAAUUUUGAAAGUGUAGAACCUAACCUUUGAAGACUCUGUAGUUCCUUCUUGAGACUGUCUUUCCCAACAUAUGUAUCCUAACCUUUGAAGACUCUGUAUUUCAUUUUUGCGACUGUAUUUCCCAGCAUAUAUCUUCUAACCUUUGAAGACUCUGUAUUUCAUUUUUUUUGAGACUGUAUCUCCCAGCAUAUGUAUCCUAACCUUUGAAGACUCCGUAUUUUCUUUUUGAGACUGUAUUUCCCAGCAUAUAUCUCCUAACCUUUGAAGACUCUGUACUUCAUUUUUUUGAGACUGUAUCUCCCAGCAUAUGUAUCCUAACCUUUGAAGACUCUGUAUUCCCUUUUUGAGACUGUAUUUCCCAGCAUGUAUCUCCUAACCUUUGAAGACUCUGUAUUUCGUUUUUUGAGACUGUAUCUCCCAGCAUAUGUAUCCUAACCUUUGAAGACUCUGUAUUCCCUUUUUGAGACUGUAUUUCCCAGCAUGUAUCUCCUAACCUUUGAAGACUCUGUAUUUCGUUUUUUGAGACUGUAUCUCCCAGCAUAUGUAUCCUAACCUUUGAAGACUCUGUAUUCCCUUUUUGAGACUGUAUUUCCCAGCAUGUAUCUCCUAACCUUUGAAGACUCUGUAUUCCCUUUUUGAGAUUGUAUUUCCCAGCAUGUAUCUCCUAACCUUUGAAGACUCUGUAUUCCCUUUUUGAGAUUGUAUUUCCCAGCAUGUAUCUCCUAACCUUUGAAGACUCUGUAUUCCCUUUUUGAGACUGUAUUUCCCAGCAUAUAUAUCUACAUAUAAUAAACGCUAAGCA